AUGGUGGACGGCAAUUCCAGUAUUUCCAUGACGGAAGAUGGCAGUGGCUUUGUGAAGCAAGAUUCGAUUCGGUUCAGUCAGUCCAACUUUUUGUACCAUCACAAGACGGAUGAACCCAUUGAUGCCUACUAUACGUUGGGUGAAUUGUUGGGUGAAGGUGGCUUUGGAGUGGUCUAUCGCGGCACCCACAAGAAAACGAAAGCCCAACGCGCCAUUAAGCGCAUGGAAAAAGAUCCUCGCGAUCAAGAACUCUCCGAAGAAAUCAUACGAGAAUUCGAGUUUUUAAAGGAACUCGAUCAUCCCAAUCUCAUCAAGGUUUACGACAUGUUUGAAGACAAGCCCAAUUUCCACAUUGUGACGGACUUGUACGGUGGAGGGGAUCUCAUUGAUUAUCUGGAAGAUGCCGUCCAUUUGGUGGAAAAUCAGGUACAAAUCUUUAUGAACAAGUUGCUGUCUUGUAUCGAGUAUUUGCACGAUAGUCGUUUGAUGGCCCAUCGCGAUUUGAAGCUCGAAAAUAUUCUCUUGGAUACCGAUCAAAACUUGGCGGACCUCAAAUUGAUUGAUUUUGGUCUGGCCCGGCAUUUCAAACCCGAUGAAACCUUUUAUGAACUCUGUGGAUCCACGGCCUAUGUGGCUCCACAAGUCAUUGAAGGAGAAUACACGGCAAAAUGUGAUAUCUGGAGUUGCGGCGUGAUUGCCUUUAGUCUUCUCUCCGGGUACACUCCCUUUGAAGGAUACGAUGACGGAGAAACCCUCCAAAUCAUUCUGGGAGGAACCUUUGAUUUCAACGAUCCCGUCUGGGAACCUGUUUCCAAGGAUGCCAAGGAUUUCAUUUGCAAUUUGCUGGCAUACGAAGAAAAGGAUCGACCUACGGCACAUCAAGCACUCUCUCAUCCAUGGUUGCAAACUCAUCGAGCCACUCAACUCGAUGAAAGUACCACCGACAUGGACACGUCUUUACGAGAAUCGCUCCGAGGAUUGCGACACUUUACAUCGAAAGGAUGCAAACUCAAGCAAGCCGCUUGUGCCAUUUUGGCUUCGCAGAUUCUACAAAAGGAAGAAAAGGAAGCACUGACGCACGAUUUCCAAUUCCUCAAUCGCAGUCUCGGAGGAAGUAUUACCCGACAGGAUUUGCGUCAAGCGCUCGCCGAUGUCGACAUGGAUGACAGCGAUGCCGCCGUUGAUGCCAUUAUGGAACAGGUCAAUUUUAGUGGCAGUGGAGCCAUUUCCUACUCGGAAUUCUUCAUUGCCAUGAUGUUUGAACGAGAAAUGGUCGACGAGAACAAAUUGCGUCUCGUCUUUAAUUUGUUGGACAAUGACGCCGAUGGUGAAAUUUCGGUCGCGGAUCUGCAAGCAACACUUCAUUUGGCAAAAGAAUCGUGUGCCAAAAUGCUGGCGCCGCUCAACUGCAAUGCCAAUGGAACUCUCUCCUUUGAGCAAUUCAAAGAUACCAUGCUCUCCGAAGAAGACAUGGAUGGAUCCAACUACAUGCACAGCUCCUUUCGCAUGCACGACGAAGGUGGCAGGAAACGACUCGAUUCCAGUGAUGACCUGCCCGAAACGGUCGUGGAAGUCGACGAAUCCAUGCCGGACGAAAGUGCACACACGCAAAAGACUGGGACUACAGCUGGUGAAACACCCGUCCCAGAAGAAGAAACUCCGGCGCCCGAAGAACCUGCCAAAGAAGAGGAAACUGCUCCUGCAGCAGCAGAAGAAGAAGCCAAAGGCGAAGAAGAGGAGGAGACGACAACCAAAAAAGAAAUGCCAUCCACCGAGGAAGCCCCACCUGCCAGCGCAGAUGGAAAAAUGUCGAUUGAGAGGCUACGAUUUGUGUACAUGUGGUACAUGCGUUUUGGUCACCCCGAUCGCGCCACCAUGAUCCGUAAAGCCUCCAAGAUGGGCGACGGGUGCCCCAUUAGCAAAGAAGAGAUCAUGUCGUUGCCGUGGAAGUGUGGAGGUGCUUUUAUCGCCGUCAAGGACAUUAAUGCCGCCAAUGCAUCCAACGUCGACGCCGGGUCCGGUGACAUUACCAACAAGCGAUCCAGUUUGAAAGAUGAUGCCAAAGCCUCCGCCGAAGCAGCAGCAGCCGUCGAAGAUGACAAAAAAGAACCCGAGCCCACGCCGGAGCCAACACCCGUCACACCCGAACCUGUCGAUGCCAAGGCUCCUGAAGUCAAGCCAGAGCCCGCUGCACCAGCACCGGUUGAGGCAAAGGCAGAGGAAACCAAACCGGCGUUCAUGAUGCCAUCCCAAGUCAAGGCAGCCAACAAAAACAAAGUGGCUUCUUUGGCCAGCAGAUUUGGGGGAGCCGCUCCCACGCCAGUACGAACGGCUUCGAACAAAAAUCCUCUGAAAGUAUCCAGCGUCCUGGCGGGAGGGGCCAAUGACGGCUUCACGACGGAAUUGAAGAUAGACUCUAUUCACUCCGAAUCCGGCAAAGCAGAGACAGUCAAAAACACCCGACAAGCUGCAUCUCGAAGGGAUGUAACCAUCUUUGGCCCCACCAAGAAGGCGCCCGAUUUCGAUUGGAAUUCUCUGGAAAACAAGACACUCAAGAUUGCUUCCGUGGAAGAGCGAAAGAAUAUCAAACCUGACUUCAACUGGACGUGCAUUGCAAGGGCUGACAUGGGCACCGACGAAAGCAACAAGGAAAAUGGUGACAGCGAUGGACUCGACAUGAGCAAGGAGAGCCACGAAGAAGUGGGCAUGGACAACAGCAAGGACGAAAGCGAGGCCACCAACCAAGAUGAGAGCCGCGAUACCCUUGACAUGUCGUUGCCUCAUCCUAAUGACAUGCAUGACAAUAGCGAAAUGAGCUCGUCGCCUGGCAACGACCGUAUGUCUGCUUCAGAGCCUGGGACAAGCCAGAGGAGAAGGUCCAGCAACAUCUACACGCCCGGCGCAAAAUCGGCAGAUUCGCAGAAAAUGAAAUUCCCCAAAAACAACCGACGCGGUUCUACUGGCAUGCCGCCGAAGAAGCGCACAGACAAGAGCGGAAAGCGCAGGAUUUCAACGAGGGACUAA